AUGACUACCAUCCGCCUCGAUGUCAACCUUUUCAACGGCAAAGAUGACUCGGUGAAGAGGACGAACUGUGUUCCUUUGAAGGAUUUUGACAUAAGUGACAAGAAGCUUUCCGACGUGCGAUCAGUGCUUAUUAAAAAUGGUGGCUUGGAUGCCAGCAAGGUCGGAUGUUCAUUUUGCUCGGCUUCCGGAGCUCUAGUCAAUGAUGCUUCAUCCUUCUCGGAUUAUGUGGAUAUUAUAUCGGAGGGAGCAGAGGAGAAGGAGGGCGACGACCAGAAAAAGAAGAACACCUACAAUGUCUACAUCUACCUCAAGAGCAAAAAGACCACCACAGGUCUGAGUGACGAGGUCAAGGAGACUCUCAAAAAAGAACUCAAUCUCAAACUCAGUGUAGGUUUCGGAAGCACUGCAUACAUGUGUGUUGAGCUGACCAUCCAGGAUAAACCGGAAUUGCUCAAAACAUCUCUAGACCAGCUCACCAGCUCCUUCAACAAGGCCGACUGGGUGGCGGAGGCUAGCGAAAAUGCUACUAACCCCUCCGAUAUGUCGGAGAAAGAGUGGAAUGUUGUCAUCCGCAACAAUAGCCUCACAAGCGCUUCGCGAUUGGUGUUUUCCAAUCUGGGUCGAGCAUCAGAUGGAAGUAAAAAGCUGAAAUUCCGUCGGAUCGAACGUGCACCAUACAGUGCCUUUGUGUUGAAACCGAGAAAGUUCCAGCCGCAUGAAAUUUCUGAUUCAGAGGUCAAGAUUGAGCAACAAUUCCAUAUCCCUCGGUUUGUUGUGGCAGAUGACUCGUACGUGGACACGUUUGAGACUAAAUCGUCUGUGGCAACAGCCAUGGCUCGCAGCUCCUUCUCUUCCAUCGAGGCAGAAGCUUCUCUUGAAGGAGGAGCGUUUGGCUUCAGUGCCGCUAUCAGUGCUGGCUUCUCCUCGAGUGAGAGCUCUGCAUUGAGCAAGCAGAGUACGGCGGAAAGCAGCACGAUGAACAUCACCUACAAUUUCCCUCGAGUGGUAUUGCAUUUGGAUGAGUACAGUUUGGACUUGUCAGAUGAAUGUAGCCAGGAUCUUGUCAGGGUCAAGGACGUCAACUCUCUGAUUGCCUUUCACCACAAAUACGGCCACUUUUUCGCCACGCGCAUCGAGCUCGGUGGGAGACUCUUCUCAUCAGAAAAGUUCAGUACGCUGGGUACAAGCAGCGAAAGUGAAGCUACCAAGCAAAUGAAGAUCUCAGCUAGUGCCUCAUUCUCAUCCACCCCUCCUGCAUGGUGUCCUACGGUCGCUCCGUUCCAAAACUGGCGUGUCAUCAAACAAGAAGACGUCAUCCCCCUCGGGGACUUCAUAGGCCGGAUACCCGGCUACGAAGAUAUUCCUGAAAAGUUCAACAAACUAGCUGAAAUCACUAGGAAGAAGGAGACGAUCAGCUUCCGGCUUGGGCUAGAUGCAUGGCAACGCGCAGACAAGAACAAGCCAGAGUAUCUAUCCCUCCAUCACGCGUGGAUGAUUCGUAUGACCCCCCUUUACAAUAUCUGGAUGUAUCAUUCAAUUCCUUCCGAGGUCCAAGCACUCUAUGAUUGUGGUCACCCUGGAGUGACAUUUACAGACAACAGUGACGAAACUCCGUACGUUUCUGAUCAUGGCCUUCUAUACACGUAUACUAAUGCAGGCAAACAGCUCCAAUAUGGCCAACGAUAUCAUCUCUUUAACCGCAAAAGGGGCCUGUGGCUACGCGCAAUUAUCCUCAAUUUUAACGGGACGGAGAUAACGAUGUUGGCUGCUGGACCCAAGCAUGAGGCGACACUAUUUGAAUUCCGCGACAAAGACCGAGAGGGACCCAUGCGUAAUGGAGAUAAGUGCUGUCUCUUGGUAUACGGACCCGAUGGCAAGCAGAAGGGUAUUGUGGCAAUGUCGUUACGGGGUCUAAACCCAGAUGAUGGCGCCGAAGAUGCGAAUUCGAUUGGAGCAUUGCCAUACAGUGUUCCGAAUGAAGGUCGCAUUCGCUUCACGGUUCUUGAAAUGGUGGACCAGGCAGAUGUUCCUACUUGA